AUGUCCUCAGCAGAAGCCAGUACCACACGUGAAUCGCCUGUAGAAACCUCACACGAAGCUCCCACUUUCGAUGAGCCGGUCCAGUGCACCGGAGCAGCUCCUCCUCCUCCUAUGCAAGCGCCGCCAGCACAGGCUUCCACUACUAUUUGCCGGUUUUGGAUGGAGGGUUACUGCUUUCGUGGAGCCCUCUGCUGGUAUAAGCAUUCCCACGACGCUGCUUCCACGUCCUUUGCCGACGCUACCGAUGGAGCCGGCGAGGUUGUCGGACCGCCUCAAGGGACUUCUUCAAAGCCCAAGUCUCCCACGUAUCCUACGACGAGAUCCUUGAAUGCACACGCCUCAGCCUUCUCGCCCGCUACGGCUCCGUCAGCAGCAGACCAGGUAGCUGAGCACGGCCAGGACGCCCCGCUUUUCCAGCAAGGGCAGGGCCAAUCUGGAGAAGGGAGCGUGCAAGUCAUCCCAGGAACAUGCCUGCGACCUACGGACUACUCGUGGCGCAAAGGCGAAGACGCAGAGACCCCCAAUGUCCUCUCGGGCGUCAACAAGCGCUGUCCGAUGUGUAGAGAGGGACCAGGCAAGACCCUUGUAAUUCAAAAGUACAAGGACACCCUCUCUCGAAAGCCCUGCAACUUCUUUGAGGCAACAAAGACUUCGCCUCACGGACCCUUUUGCAAAUUCGGCGAUGAUUGUCAUUAUGCUCACAUCCUGACCCCAGGCGACGAUCGAUACCUCUUCGGCGGCGGGUUCGAGUUGAUGUCAGCAAAAGCAAGGGAGCGCAGGGAGCGCAGGGAGGCUCAAAGGAGGAGGAGAAGGCCCUUCUACAGUGGUCCUCUCGGCCUGACAGAAGCUGAGGUAGCCGAGCUCGACUAUCUGCGAUUCUUUGAUGUCAUGGUCAGCAACGGCAACGACCCUGCAGACUGGGAUCGCGAUGGCUCUGCCUCCCCGCCUCGCCGAGCACCACGCCGCUACAGCGAUGCAGGAACCACUUUGCGCUUCCCGCGCUUUGACCUCGAGCUGGGACAGCGAGACUUGAAUGUCCAUGCGCCCCCGAGACGUACACAGGGUAACGAACCAGUUCCAGCAGGAUUGCGACGAAGCGCCAGGCUCAUGGGAUCUCUUGGUACUCCCGAUGUCAACAGUCGAACCCGCACUAGGAUGGACGAAGCAGGACCUCAAGUGCGCUCAGCUGACGCCGCUCACCGGACCUUUUUCUCGUCUACGCGGUCAGAUAGGAGGGCGGCUCAGCGUCGCUAUCGACGUGAAGCACUUCAAGCUGAAGCGCUGGCCCAAGCUAGAGCUCAGGCUCGUGAUCAAAGUGGAGCGUCUGCGUCCGGUGAUACGGCCAGAGACUCUACCUCCAACCCUAACGCCGCCACUGUUGCGAAUGGUUCCGCGAUUCACCCUCACGAAUCGCCUUCACCGGAGGACUCAUUUGAGCUCGUCGGAGAGGAGGACAAUGAUGAAGAUGAUCCGGCCUCCCCCUCGGGACAGCUCUUCAAUCUCGCCCGGGCUUUUGAGGAAGGCUAUGAGCGUGGCGGACGCUGGGAAGUCGACGACGAGGACGAGCACAAUGAGCACAGUCAUGAAAGUCGAAUUGGACUGGGAGCUGAUGACGAUGAUGAUGAUCAGACUGGGUGGAGCACCGAUGAGAGUGACUUCCAGUACCGUGUAGGCCCAGGUGGGAGUAUAUGGUUUGGAGGCGAGGAGAUCUUUGCAGGAGAGUAUGGUUCCAUCUGGGAUGAUGAGAACGAUGGACACAUUUGGUAUUACGAAUGA